AUGACGGUUGCGAUUGGGUUCUUGUCACUCCCAACAGAGUUGAUAUGUCAUAUUCUAUUCCUCCUUGCUCCCAGGGACCUUUGUCGCUGUGCAAUGACAUGCAAGACCGUACAGAAUGCAGCCCAAAAUUCUAUCUACGUCCAAUACAAGCUUGAGCUGUAUGCUCAGGGCUUCACCGAGACAAGAACUCUAAACUCGAUCAGUGUUGACAGAAGGAUGUCCUCACUCAGGAAAUUGGAUCUUGUGGUCGUAGUUCCCUUGCCUGCUGUGUGCAUUGUGACCGGUGCCGAGCAAACUCGCCACAUCUUUUCGGUGGAGUUUCGGCUGGCUUCAUCCCUGCUUCCACAUCUAGAUUCUGUGGACGCUUCCUUGACGUGCCAACAUUCUUUUGAGGAAUCUGGUCAUUACCGUGUCAAUUUAACGCAAGAGCCUGCAAUCUGUGGGGAUCGUAUAGUUAUCCUCUAUUGCACAUCGGGCAUAGUGGGGUCCAACGAAUUCAUACAAGUGAUAGAUUGGAAAAGGGGGCAUGCGAAGAGUUAUCCUUUACGUGAAGAUGUUGCGGGUUUCCAUCUAGUUGAUGAACAGAAGUUUGUUGUCAUCGACACUCAGGGUGUUAUCACGUUGUAUACAUUACAAGAACACGGUUCACCUCAGCGCCGAGUCAUGUAUCGCCUUCAGGAAUCUGUGCGUGCGCCGUUCUACCUAUUCCAUGCCACCCCAUCGUUCCAUGGUGCAACAGCUUGUCCAGACCUUGAGCCCGGCUACGUGCCUUCUCCGGAGUCGCAAAUCAUUGUUUUAGAGACUCUCACAAACGCAUGCCCCGUGAUUUUAGUUAUCGAUAUGGUCAUCUUCUCAGGAAAAGCCUUGCACUCAGAGACGCCUGUCGAAGUUCCCUGGUCGGAGUGGGGACCCCAGUUUACGUGCUGCUUUCGGCAUCAUCCAAGCCACCAAAUCAGCGUGUUUGGUAGCAAAAUGGCUUAUGCUCUUCCUCGUUAUGCUCUCCCUCGGCCUCUUCCUCUGGAUCUCACCCCUAAAGGAUUAUGCACUGACACUUGUUUCUACGUGCACAUCUUGGACUUCAAUCAGCGAGUCAUCACUCGCGCGGAAAAUAUUCGCGACCCCGACUUACCAACCCGCUCUAUAUGCAAGCCUUCUGAUCAUUCCCAUGGACCCAUCAUCUCGAAUUGUCCUUACAUUGCCGCUAUCUGUCGCAUUCAAUUUUCGCCUUACGGCUUUGCCAGGUUAUUCUUGGAAAAUGAUCGACUUACUUUAACAUGGUUGCGGGAUGGCACGGUUCAUAUCCAGGUCAUUUCCCCUGCACAGAUGGAGGUCGACUCGAACCUUGUGCACUAG